GCUGCAUUCGAAAAAGUUGCACGGCUGUGUGUGCGUUUGGCAGGAAACUCCCCCCAACCCUGUGCGACCGGCUACUUGUUUAGACAGUGGCGAGCGUGCGAUUGGUUAACUGUUGAACCUGAGAGCACUUCUCCUUUUUGAAACCCCCCUCUCGGGUCUCACUUCCCUUCUGUUUGUAUUAUGCACGUACCAGCGUGUGCAGGGAUUUUUUUUUCUUCUCUCUUUUUUUUCUCUCUUAUGACAGAGCCGCGCUCUCCACUCCCCCUGCAUGUAAAUUACGUGUGACAUGUUUAACUGCUGUUUCCUAAUAUGGCUCGUGCUAGAUUUCAGAGCGAUAGGACCCAGUCAGGCACCCUGGGACUGCACAGGGGCGUGUGUGCGAGAGCGUAACUGUCUGCGAGAGGGAAAAGAGAGGGGAGAGAGAUGUUGACGCAGGUUUUCACUUCUGUCUGAGUGCGUCACUCUUCUGUGCAGUCAUGUAAGUAAAUGCUGAACACGCUCUCACUGCAGAGAGAAACAUAUGGAUUGGAGCUCUCACAGGUCUGCUCGUCAGCUGCACUGAAACAGAAACAUGUGGGUACUGAGUAUCGUGCCCUCUCUUGCGUCUGCCGCUGCUUGGAUCUGCUUAUAGUACCAGCCUCAGCUUUCCUGCCUGCUUGCUGCCCACAUCAAUGAAAGGACUGCCCGCACAACCCCACAAUCCCUGUGACCCCAAACGACCCCUACACAAACACACAGAGCUGAAGUGGGCACUAUUGAAUCAGCCAAUCAGAUUAAAGGAUUUUUGCUUUGGGAUCCAUUACUGCAGGUCUCUCUUUUUUUUUUAGCAGCAACAUUUUUUUGUCCUUUUUGCUUUGGCCUGGUGUGCAUCCACAAGGAAAGAGGAGCUUAAUGAUCUAAGAAGGAGAGGAACAUUCUUAAAAGGACAAACACAAGCACACCCAAAGCACUUUGGGAUAUUAAGGAAUUGAAGUUUUCUUGCCGCUAAAGCGUGUUGAGAUGGCGAUGAACAUGGCUUACAUGCGGGACACGAAAUGGCUGACGCUGGAGGUGUGUCGGGAGUUUCAGCGUGGAACGUGCACUCGCUCCGAUGCUGAGUGCAAGUUUGCACAUCCCGCCAAGAGCUGCCAGGUGGAGAACGGGAGAGUCAUCGCGUGCUUUGACUCACUGAAGGGUCGUUGUUCCAGAGAGAACUGUAAGUACCUGCACCCUCCUCCUCACCUGAAGACACAGCUGGAGAUUAAUGGCCGUAACAAUCUGAUCCAGCAGAAGAACAUGGCAAUGCUCGCCCAGCAGAUGCAGCUAGCCAAUGCCAUCAUGCCAGGAAGUCAGCUUCAGCCAAUGCCUAUGUUUUCGGUCACGCCAAGCCUUGCAACCAACGCCAGUGCAGCUGCUGCAGCAGCCGCCGCAGCUGCGUUUAAUCCGUACCUGGGCCCAGUGUCUCCUGGAAUGAUGCCUGCAGAGAUCCUGCCCAGCGCACCUGUGCUGAUGGCGGGCAGCCCUGCUGUGGGAUCCGUGCCGUCCGCUGCUGCUGCUUCAGCUGCGGCCGCCCAGAAACUCCUCAGAACAGACCGUCUGGAGGUGUGUCGUGAAUACCAGCGUGGCAACUGCUCUCGUGGAGAGACGGACUGCAGGUUUGCCCACCCUGCCGACAGCACAAUGAUCGACCCCAGUGAUAACACAGUGACAGUGUGUAUGGAUUACAUAAAGGGCCGCUGCUCCAGAGACAAGUGCAAAUACUUCCACCCUCCUGCACACCUGCAGGCCAAGAUCAAAGCGGCCCAGCACCAGGUCAAUCAGGCCACGGCCGCCGCUGCCAUGACUCAGUCGGCUGUCAAAUCACUGAAGCGACCCCUCGAAGCCACCUUUGACCUGGGAAUUCCUCACAGUGUCAUGCCACCUUUACCGAAGCGACCUGCGCUUGAGAAAGCCAACGGUGCCACGAGCAUGUUCAGUACUGGCAUGCUCCAGUACCAGCAGGCUUUGGCCAACAUGCAGUUUCAGCAGCAAGCUGCCUUUAUUCCGUCAGGCUCAAUAUUGUGCAUGACCCCUGCAGCGAGCAUGGUUCCCAUGAUGCACGGCGCUUCCCCGGGCACAGCAACCACAUCUGCCACAAGUGUUCCCUUCGCAUCUGCAUCAGCCAAUCAGGACUCUUCUCUAUCAAAGCUGACUACCAACGAAUACAUGCAAUUGAUUCCAAUAAUAUCUGCAGAGCAUCUGACUAGUCACAAGUACUUGACGCAGAUGUAGUUCCAGUCCACAACAAUCAAAGGAAUGCGCUGUUGCCCCGGACAAAAGGCAAACAAACGAAAUUCAAAAUUUUAACAUCAAGAUCACCGCCUGAUAGAAUAUAAUAUGAAGAUUAGAAUUUGGUCAUAUACGAUGGUAGGGUUUUACUGGGGUGAAACUGAAUGUCCUUCCACAUAAUGUGUAGAAUUUGAGUGAACUACAUCAUUAUGUCAGACAGGACGACAUUUUUACUCUCAAGCCGGAUUAGUAGGAAAAGUUUCAUGUCUGACUCAACACCGUUUUGGCAUGUUAGUAGACCGAGAGAUAUUUUUUGUGAUUCACACCUUGAUUUUCUUUCCUCGAAAUUUGUCUGAAGGUUUACAAAGUUACAAAAGGUGCACCUUGAAUUGAAAAGCGAAUCGAACGUCAAUAUAUGGCACAAAUAAUCCAGCAAAAUAAUUCAAUGUAUGUAGUUUUCUCUAUCUUUAGUUCAAACUAGAUUGUAAGCGCAGAGUCGAGAAUGACGUAUGAAUGUUUUGGGUAGAAACCGAUCACCUGAGACCUUUCAGAAGCACAUUCUUACAAACUUUAUGUACCAUAACCACCGGCUGAAUACCAGACACCGAUCUAGAGUGUUAUAUCAACAGUGUUAUUAUGUUUACCAGAGAUUUUUUACAGUGCUUGUUUUUAUACAUAAUUUCACAAGUGUGUGGGGUUUUUAUGAAACGUGCCAUUUUUAUUUGUCGAUCAUCCAUCGAACUAUGAAGCCUUUUUGACUCCUAUGAGAACAGGGUUGCCUUGUUCCUAAUGCCCUGUUUCUUUGUAUUGCCUUGAACGAGAGAAUGUCGCGUUAGAAGGUAAUCGAGAGUCACGUUAGAGAACGUCAAGGUAGCGUAGAUUCGACAGUCGCAUGUGGAAACAGAGCGACUGCGUUCCAGUCUUUGCCGUAACGGUGUGAGGACUCUAAAAUUCAUGCUGGAAAAGCACUGCUUGAGUAUUUCGUGACAGAUUGUGAGUUCGAGACUAGGUACACGGAAAGAUGAGGUUAGUGUUGGGUCAGGGUUUGUCUUCAGUUCUCAUCUGUGUUGAUUUUGAGUUGUUUUAAAAUAGUAUGUGACCGCUGGAUGAAGUAAAAGAGGAACGGAGAAUAUCAUGAGAUGUUUUUAACAUUAAGUUGUGCCAAAGUCUUUUUUCCUCUUUUUAUUUUUUAUUUAAAUGUGUUUUGACUGGGUAUACUGAUCACGGAAGGUGAAUAAUUUGUGUAGCUUCGUUUUACUUACAAGGCUGCUUGUAAACCAGGAAACAUGUUCCCAUCAAGGUACCCAAGUUACUGGCGAGGGUUUUAGCGUCACAACCAGACUCAAGAUGAAAUGAAUCCGAGUUCACUUGAGUCUGGAUUUCAGCCUGGUUUAGGUGCACAGAUUUGAAAGGAUGCACGCCAUUGCCGUUUCCUCACUUAAAGCCUUAUAUUUCAGUGUUUGAACCCACACAAACAUUCUCUCAAUCACAAAUGGGAAAUUACAGCGGAUGAGAUUUUAUUCUUCACACUUAUUUUACAUGUAUAUUAAUCAUGUUACACUUAACUGUUUCAAAGCCUUUGUUAGAAAGAUAUUGUGUUUGCAUAUAAAGAAUUUUUUUUUUUUUUGUAUUUGACUAUUGUCAUAGAACUGUUUUAGAAUGUAGGAAAUGAAAUAUUGUUUAUCUUACUGUCACUUUCUUUUACAUCAUGUUAAGCUCAUAAUAGUAGUGUUGUAUUCUUAAUUCUUCAUGUUAGUUUUCAUGGUAGAAUGUUUGAAAUUUCGAGGAUUUUGGUUUUGAAUUUGUUGAACAAAAUGUUUUAUCUUGUCUUAAAAAAGAGUGAAAACGACAGAAAGAGAGUUUAUUUGUUGCUAUGCUAAGGUUGAUAUUUGAACCCUUUAUUUUGUGUCAAAUCAAGACCACGUCUACACUUAGCUGGUUAAAGUAUCAAUUGUACAUGCUCGAGUAAAAGAAGUUAUUUUCUACUGUAUGCAUUUCAGAAUUUAAAAGAUCGUCUUGUAAUAUUUCAAAGAAGAAAAAAAAAACAUCCCUCAAUGUCAAGCCAAAAUGUGCAGCAACUUGGCUCCAGAGAUUUCUGAAUAUUUAAAGAUGUAAAACAAAGGAGGGAGGUCACAGGGUCGGGCCUCCAGCUGCAAACCAGAGAGAGAGAGAGCCAUAACUUAAGGGACGAAGGUUGACUUUUUGCACUUCUGUACAUAGUCAAUAUAAAGAAAAGAAAAGGAACAUGUAUAAUAUUGAGAUCUUAUUUUGAAUAAUAAAAGAUUCUAUAACUAUGAGAAAUUUUCUUAGGAUAAUUUAAGAAUUAGAGUAAUAGUCCAGCUAACAAAUGAUGCUUGCAGAAAUAUGGCACAGUUCUUUUAUCAUCAUUUCCGGCCAUCACGUUCAGAAAAAAAUAAUAAUAAUAAAGCUCUGCGUUGCCUGCAUACAGUACCGACACGUACCAAGAGUCUCAAAAAUUGGCAGUACACUCUGCCCCGUCAUGAUUUCCACUGUGGGGAAUUCGGUUUUGUUUACAAAUAGAUACUACACCUUCAAAAACACAAUAUUUGUCAUAUGAUGGACAUAAAUAACUGCAUGAAGAAGAAAAAUUCUCAUAAUAGAUAAGUACGUAGAUAAGAUAAUUUCUCACAGUAGGCUACCGUAACUAUCAUUGCCACAGCAUAGUGUAAAUCAAGUAUCUCGAUCGAUCAGUACAAGGCCUUCAAACAGACUCUAGAUGCUAGAAAAAGACAUCCACUUAACACACGACAACAGAAGAGUUGCUUAGUUACUUGGUAAUGUGCCUUCAGCAGGGAAAGGACACCAACCACACACACA